AUUAGGUGCUACCUAAAAGGCAUAGCUCCCUUGAAAAAUCACCAGUGUCCCAUAAAAAUUGUAGUGAUUCGAGAGCCUUGUAAGCUGAGAUGGUAAAUCACCUGACUUGCAAGCAGGGUUCGUAGGUUCGAGUCCUGCACUGGGUAGAUGAUUCUCUCGCCAAAAUACAACAUUGGCAACGAGGCCAAUUGAAAAGAGAUGUACUAAUUUAUUUCCUUGCCAACUGAAAGAAUGGCUUUCAGAUUAUAUGGUCAUAUGAGACAAUGGAGCUUGCAGAACCAGUGCGUCUUAGCCAGACAUUUUAGUAAACAAAAUCAUUUGUUUAACAAGCUUGGUAAACAAUUUCAGACAUUGCAUAAACCUUUUAGAACUAAAUUAGAUUGUUCGCUGUAUAAUAGAAGAUGGACAACAACAAACACAAGUUCUCAGCAGCCAACAGUAAGAACCCAGGCUUUACUGUAUGCAACCUAUGGCUCCUUUGCUCUUGGAGGCUUUCUUUUAAUAGCUAUACUUUUACGAGAAUUGAAGAAAAAGCGGCUGCAAUGGAGAGGUAUCUUUGAAAUGAAGGUUCCAGGAAUGAAACGCCUUGGAAUGUACAAAUAUAAAGAUGUUACAUUACCAGAAUUUGUGGUGAAUGAAUUAGAAAAUAUAGAAAAAUUUGAAACAACAGCGGAUGAUAUAUGGGUAGUGUCUUUUCCACGCUCAGGAACAACUUGGUUGCAAGAGAUCAUUUAUUUGAUCCAGACAAAUGUGAACACACAGAGGGCACAAUCAAAAUUUCUGGAUACACGAUUUCCAUACCUGGAAUUUAUGACACCUGGCAUUAAAGAAAUAGAGAAGAUGCCAUCUCCGCGUCUUCUAAAGUCACAUUUGCCAUACUCUUUAUUACCAAGGAGUGUGCAAGAUAACAAACCAAAGAUAAUAUACAUUGCAAGAAACCCUAAAGAUGUUGUAGUCUCGUAUUACUACUUUGUACGUCUGCUGUAUCCAGUGACUAGAUAUGAUGGAGAAUUUAAAGAUUUCUUCAACCUUUUCCUACAUGAUAAAGUUAUGUACGCUCCCUGGUGGAGACAUGUUGAGGAAUUCUGGGACAGACGUCAUGAUGACAAUAUACUCUUCCUCACAUAUGAAGAUCUCAAAAAGGAUACAGAUGGUACUAUAGAUAAGGUGGCCAAGUUUCUGGGGAAGACAUUGACCAGGGAACAGAAGGAUAUUAUCAUAAAUCAUUGCAGCUUUGAGAACAUGAAGAAAAACCCAGCAACCAAUCACUUCUGGUUUGAAACUUAUGGUGUGGCAGAUCCUAAAAAGGGGGACUUCAUGAGAAAAGGUUGUGUUGGUGACUGGGCCAAUCAUUUCACAGAGGAAAUGAACCAACAAAUUAAUCAGAUGGUUGGAUACAAGUUUAGGAACUCUGACAUCAGUUUUGCCUACAGAGGAACACAUUUUGAAAGUGAUAAUUCUGAAACUAUUGAGCAGAUUGCAAAAUGAUAAUGGUAGUUUUGGUAGAGUAAUUAGUGUGAUAACCUGUUCAGCAGAACACGUUUAAUUUCAGAGUGAUAAAAGAUAAAAAUGUUAGAAAAAACAGGACUGUAGCUUGGGCUUGAUCGACUGUAGGCUGAAAUUUGAAAAGAUCUUAGAAUCAAGGGCAUACCUUUUGUGCUUUGAGACUUAUCCAAACAUGCACAGAUAUAAACGUAAGAUAAUAACUUUUGCAAGAAAAGAAAGGAAAGAAAAAAGAUUAUUACUGUUAAUGUCUUUCAACAAAUUUUAGCAGUUUUAAAGAAAUAAUCAUUUUUACUUUUUUGAGUUUCAAAAUGGGUUGAACAAACUGGUGUGCAGGAAUAUUCCUAGAUAUGUCCUCCAGAAAUGGUGGUACUUUUGAUAGCCUUAGCUUGUGAUACUUGACUCAGUAACUGAACAACAAAAAAUCUCAAUUUAUGUGAUGCAAGAACAAAUAAAAUAACAAAAAUG